AGUAGAUAGAACGCAAUGGCCUCCGCUGGUCUCCAGAUUCUGGGCAUUGCCCUGGCUAUCAUCGGUUGGAUCGGUGACAUCAUAAUCUGCGCGCUCCCCAUGUGGAAGGUGACUGCUUUCAUCGGCAAUAACAUCGUAACCGCGCAGAUCUUCUGGGAGGGCCUGUGGAUGAACUGUGUGCUCCAGAGCACGGGCCAGAUGCAGUGUAAGGUCUAUGACUCCAUGCUGGCAUUACCUCAGGACCUCCAGGCCGCCAGGGCUCUGGUCGUCAUCUCCAUCCUCGUGGCUGUGAUCGGCAUUCUGCUCUCCAUUGCUGGGGGGAAGUGCACAAACUGCAUCAACGACGAGGCGGCCAAGUCCAAGGUGGCCAUCGCAUCCGGUGUGUUCUUCCAGGUCGCCGGCAUCCUCUGUCUGAUCCCGGUGUCUUGGUCUGCCAACACCGUCAUCAGGGACUUCUACAACCCGCUUCUCACUGACUCGCAGAGGAGAGAGCUGGGCGCGUCGCUAACAAUGAGCCGACAGAUCCUUGCCUUUGUCCUGGCCUUCAUCGGGUUCACGGGGACCAUCGUGAUCUGUGCCCUGCCCAUGUGGAAGGUAACAGCCUUUGUCGGAGCCAACAUUGUCACUGCCCAGGUGUUCUGGGAAGGGUUAUGGAUGAACUGUGUGAUCCAGAGCACGGGCCACAUGCAGUGUAAAGCCUACGACUCCCUCCUGGCCUUGCCCCAGAACCUGCAGGCGUCCAGGGCUCUCAUCUGCGUCUCCAUUGGGGUCAGUGUGCUCGCCAUCGGGCUGACUGUAGUUGGGGCACGCUGCACCAACUUCCUCCAUGACGACUGGCUGGCCAAGUCGAAGGUUGGCAUUGCGGCAGGCGCGGUGUUCAUGGCAGCGGGGGUGUUGUGUGUUAUCCCUGUAAGCUGGUUCGCUCACACCAUCAUCCAGGGCUUCUACAACCCUCUGGCCACCCAGGAGAGGAGAGGGGAGCUGGGGGCAUCCAUCUACGUGGGGUGGGUGUCUGGAGCUCUGCUCAUGAUUGGAGGGGGGAUGCUCUGCAGCACGUACAGGUGCUGAGGAGGGAGAGGAGGACAUUCGUUAUGGAUGCCAAAAGAGAGAAGAGAGGAUAUCAAAUGCUGGCCUUGUCCUGGAUGGAUGAGGGAAGGAAUGGAUAAGGGGAGGAAGGGAGGAGAGAGAGGGCUUAAAACAUUGUAUGUUUGAGGAAGAGAGAGGAUAACACAUUCUCUCCUCACUCCCCUAAAGACAUGCCUAAGUCUGGGAUGAUUUAGUCCAAAUUGCUCCCACCUAGAUUAUUUUCUUGUGUGGAGAUGUAGGUGAGGCCUGUAGAUUAACUGUGUAGUAACUGUAUGGUGAAAUUCACAGGACAGGUGCAGUGAUUGCAUCCCAAAUGGGACCCUAUACCCAAAAUAGUGCACUACUUUUGAACUGAGCCUUAAGGGCCCUGGUCAAAAGUAGCGUACUAUAUAGGACAUAGGAUUCCAUUUUGGAUGCAACCUCCUCCAUCACCCCAGACAGGGGUUUGCAGCAUCAGAGAGGCAGAGUGUUCCAUCAUGGCUGUUUGUGGAGGAAAGAUAGAGGAGUAGUUCUGAGUGAUGUUUUAACAUGUUUCUUAAUUGAUUGUAAAAAAAAAAAAAAUGUAAAAAAAAAAAAUGCUUGACAAUGAGAGACUGGUAUCUGCUGGACAGCUCUUUAUUCACCAGCCUAAUCAGAGAGUUUUAAACAGAGUAAACAGAUACACUGCUAUACGACUGAAUCCCUGCAAAAUCAUGCAGGGUAAGGUGAGACGGUACCCCUGAGAUACAGUAUAUGACUGUACGUGAUGGAGAUCAUACUCAGGUUAGAUCAGAAUAGGUCAAGUUAGAUCAGACUAGGUCAGGAUAGAUCAGAAUCAGGGUAGAUCAGACUAGGUCCGACUCAUGUUAUAUAAGACUCAGGAUAGAUUAGACUCAUGUUAGGUUAGAUCAGAUUCAGGUUAGAUCAGAAUAGAACAGACUUGUUCAGGUUAGAUCAGACUAGGUCAGGUUACAUCAGGCUAGGUCAGGUUAGAUCAGAAGUAAUAAAAUGCACUUUGUCUUUGAUCAAAACCUAUAUCUGAUAUAGAUUAUGUUAAGGAAACGAAUAAUGAUUGUAAUGAUGAGUCGUGAUGAACAACAUUAUCAAUAAACUGCUUUCCUACAUGA